AUGGCCAUCACACAUCCUCAUCCCAUAAAUAUAGCAAAUUCCAACUCAUCCCUUUCUUCAAAACCCAACUACAAUGAUAAGACCAACGUUCAAAUCACGCUUCUCCCCAUCACGAAAGCCGAUCUCCCGCGCAUAGCCCUCCUGGAACAUCUCGCAUUUGAAGAAGAUGAAUUCAGCGACUUGGCAUUUGGGAAAGAGAGAGGAAGUCCCGAAGCCUUGAAGAUGCGCGAGAGACAGUUUGAGAAGUUUCUUGAUAAAGCGGAGAAAGGAGGAGAGGAAGAGGGAGGUUGGUAUUGUAAGGCUGUUUUGGGAUUGAUGGGGAAAGAGAAGGAGAAAGGAGGGGAAGAUAGAGAGAAGGAAGGUUCUUUGGAUUCCCCGACGGGAUCAGAAGAGGAGGGGAAGACGAGGAUCAAGACGAAAGAGGAGUUGGAGGAGAUUUGGGGGAAGGGGAGUAAUGUUCAAUUGUGUGAAGACGUUUUUGUGAGGGGAGAUGAGUAUAUGUUUGGAGCUUGUGGGCGAGAAAAGUGGUUGAAACUCAACAUCCUCGUCAUCCACCCGUCGCACCAACGCCGCGGAAUCGGCACGCUCCUCCUCGAACAAGGACUCAAAUUCGCAGAUGAGAAAUCCCUGCAAGUAGUAUUGGGUGCUAGUCCAUGGGGUAUCGGUCUCUAUCGCAAAUAUGGAUUUGUGGAUGUGCAUGGUAUGGAUAUCCAGUUGGAUAGGUAUGAAGGGGGUGAGGGGAUGGGGAGCACGAGACAUGUUAUUAUGAGACGGCCACCGAGAGGGGUGGAAUAA